AUAGCGAAGGGGAAACCAGGGUUCCACUUAUAAGGUUUGUUCUAUGUCACUAUUCUUUUCUAUAAGUGUUUCGCGUUUCAAUAGAAUUCUUCACCGCUGGGUUCUCUCAUUUGAAGUCACAAUCCCUUUUCAAGCUCUGUCCAGUCUUCAUUCCUAUGUUGUUUGGCGCACUCUCGCGAUCAAUCAAAUAUAAUGUUAUGAAAAUUUAAGUUCAAUUUUCGGUGUUGCAGUUUUAGAACGAUGAUCUUUCAGAUAAUUGAUAUUUGCCUCAUACAGUAAAUCCCCCCUAAUUAGGUCCAGUAACAGUAAAUAUAAUUUGGAGUAGAGAACAGUGCUAAAAGCACCUAUGGUGCUGCUCCGGCAGACGAAACUACAGUCUUUAAGGAAAAGAGGCAGUACAUAUCUUCUUCCAUAUUAGGGAUAAAUCCUGACUCCAGGUUUCACAUAUGAUUCUGAGUUCUGUCUUCUGCCUUUUUACCUCUCUCUUGUCUAUUUUUCAAUGAACCCUAUGCAAAACAGCAUCAGCAUAAAAACCACAUCUAAACUACCCCAAAGGGCGAAAAGAAAAAAGAAAAGGGAUGUUGUAGUAAAUAAUCUUCAUGUAGCGGAAACUGCAUCAGAAUUCUCAUUUGCUGUGGCCAAAACUGCAGUUGCUCAGAUCUGCCAGUCAGUAGGCUUUAAAACCUCCAAAUACAAUGCUCUUGAAACCUUAACUAAUGUUUCCACUAGAUAUCUUGAAGCCAUUGUGAGAUCAGCUGCCUCUUUUGCUAAUGCCUCCAAUCGAACCGACUCCAACCUCUUUGACCUCAUCAAUGGCAUUCAUGAUCUGUGUUCAGUUCAAGGAUUUCCUGGUGGUUCAAUGAUGUACAAAAGUAACCUGCUAAGAUCUGCAGCACUAGAAGAGAUUAUGAAUUUCGUCAACCUCUCCAAGGACGUUCCAUUUGCUAAACAAAUUCCAUUCAGAAAUGUUUUUGGAAGCCAAAAUCCGAAAGCAGCCGUUAAUGAAGCAAAAACACAAGUUUUGCAUGUACCAAGAUGGCUGCCAGACUUUCCUGAGGAGAACUUGUAUAAGAAUUGUCAGCAGGUUUUGGCUAAGGAGAGGAAAUGUGGUGAGAAAUUGUGGGAACAUUCACUGGCCACGGAAGAUUACAGUGAUGUAUUACAAAGCAACGGCAUCAAUGGAAAAGAAAAGAAAGACGCGAGGAUGGAUUUUGCAAGGAAAAGAGAAAGAGUGAAAUUUAAAAUUGGAGGGGAAGAGGAGAAGCAAAUUGGAUUUGGUGUGAAUAUGAUGAAUGGUGUUUGUAAAGGAAGAAAACGAGUGUCUUGGAGUCAUGACAAAAUAAAUGAUUGUCUAGUUGAGGAAAAUGAAGAUGUGAAAAGAUAGCAUGAUUGUUUUGGAAAUGAAAUGAUGCUUGUAACUGUUCUAGAAUGAAAAAUGAAAAUUUUCUGUAGCCUAUUGUUGU